AUGUGGGACCCGUUCCGUGAUAUGGACCGUUUGCUGAACCGCCUGCAGUCGGCCACAGGCUCGGGGUUCUUUGCAACAACUGCGCGUGGCUCGUGGGCCCCAGCAAUCGACAUCAUCGAGAAUCCAGACAGCUACAAGAUCCUCGCCGACGUUCCGGGGAUGAGCCGCGAGGAUAUCUCCGUCGAUAUUGAGGGCAACCGCCUCUGCAUUGGUGGCAACCGCAAGUCGCUGCUAAAGGAGGAAGAGCAGCACCUCGCCGUCAUGUCGGAGCGUGGAUCGGGGCGGUUCGAGCGCUGUGUGCAACUGCCGUCGCGCCCCAAGGAGGACAGCGUGAAGGCCCGCCUGCGGGAUUCUGUGCUGAUAGUGGAAGUGAACAAGAGCAAGACGCAGGAGGACCGCGCGAAGAAUUCAGUGACGAUUAACUAG